GGCGGUGACGGACCCGCGAGACGGCCGGGGGGUGGCGCUCAAGAAGAUGCCCAACGUGUUCCAGACCCUCGUGUCCAGCAAGCGAGUCUUCCGGGAGCUGCGCAUGCUCUGUUUCUUCAAGCACGAGAAUGUGUUGUCGGCGCUGGACAUCCUACAGCCUCCACACCUUGACUUCUUCCAAGAAAUCUACGUGAUCACAGAGCUGAUGCAGAGUGACCUCCACAAGAUCAUCGUGUCUCCACAGCAUCUCUCCGCCGACCACGUCAAGGUCUUCCUCUACCAAAUCCUCAGAGGUCUGAAGUACCUCCACUCCGCGAGGAUUAUCCACCGAGACAUCAAGCCCGGGAACCUCCUCGUCAAUUCCAACUGCGUUUUAAAGAUCUGUGAUUUCGGCCUGGCUCGUGUCGAAGAACCUGAUGAAAAUAAGCACAUGACACAGGAGGUAGUCACACAGUACUACAGAGCCCCAGAGUUGCUGAUGGGAGCCCGCCAUUACACCCAAGCAGUAGAUGUGUGGUCUGUUGGCUGCAUUUUCGGCGAGCUUUUGGGACGUCGUAUUCUCUUCCAAGCCCAGAGUCCUGUACAGCAGCUUGAGCGAAUAACAGACCUGUUGGGAACACCAAACCUAGAAGACAUGAAAUAUGCUUGUGAAGGAGCUGUGACCCACAUGCUACGCCGACCCUCAAAACCACCCGCCCUCCCAGCCCUCUACACCCUCUCUUCCCACGCAACCCACGAGGCCGUCCACUUACUCACACAGAUGCUUGCCUUUGACCCGGAUAAACGAUUGAACGUGACAGAAGCUCUUGCACACCCUUACCUAGAUGAAGGUCGCCUGCGGUAUCAUUCUUGCAUGUGUACUUGCUGUGCUUCCACAAACUGCGGGGGCCGACAAUAUACACAUGACUUUGAACCAACAGCACCUCAUGCAUUUGAUGAUACUUGGGAAAAUGAGCUACACUCCAUGUCACAGGUGAAGGAUCGGUUGCACAAGUUCAUCCUGAGCCACCUGGCGCGUGACCGUGUACCUCUAUGUAUCAACCCCAUGUCUGCUGCUUACAAGAGCUUUGCCAGCUCGACAGUUGCUCAUCCUUCCGAGCUCCCGCCUUCCCCACACCAGUGGGAUUGACAGGACGCCAAACACUAGCGUCAAAGAACUUAGUGCCCCUAAAACAUGCCUGUGAAAGAGCAUACAGAGACGCAGGUUGUGUGAAUCGAAGUACACUUGUGUGAAAGUGAGAGAGAGAGCUCAAGAUUCUUAAACUGUUGGGACUGGUCCAUAGUAAGGUGGUAAAGUCGGUUUCCUUGCAUUUGACCUGAAAUUAUUCCAAAUAUGCUGACAAUCGUAAAUCAGAGUGUAGGCAUUUACCAUUGCAAUUGGAUAUGAACACAUGGUCCAGUUCUUUACAGUUUGUAGGAUGGGAUCAUUCUUCUUUCUUUUUUUCUUUUUUAAUCAUUGAUUUAAAACUUUCAUAUCAUGCAUUCACCUUUUUCCAUAGAAUCUGAUUUCAUGAAAGGGCUCACAAGUAAAAACAAAAAAUAAUAAAAAAUAAAAAAAAUGGGAAAGAUAAGAAAAAUGACAAGGUCAGUGAAUUGACUGUUUAAAGGCGAGUGUAAGUUUCAAGUACGACUGACUCUGUGAAGAUGUACCCAGGAUCACGAGAGUAUAUUGCAGAAGCAGUGAAAUAAUGGUAAGAAAAAGUCUCAAUGAAUUGAUAUAUAUGACUGUUGAACAGAAAGAGAAAAGAAGAAAAAAAAAAAGGCUCACAUUAGAAUGUGUUUGAGGCUUCAUGUGCCAGUUCCUUAGUCAGACAAAUCACUGCCAUGUACACUAAGGGUAAUGUGUGUGUGUGUGAUAUGGCCUCGUCCCCCUACCAUAUACAUGUAUUGACUGCUGGGUACUAGAGUGGAAGCAUCCCCCUGUGCUGUGGAUGAUGAGCAAGCGACAAGGACGAAGAUUUUCCCAAAGGUCUUAUCGAUUGAGAAAUGAUCCAGCAUAACUUGGACACCCUCAACGCUCAACGCACCAUGAUCUCUUUUUUUGCCCGGGCUCCUUAUUGUGAGGCUGCUGCUGACAUUUGGAAGGUAGCUGAAGCCUACAAGGUUGACGAUUAUAUGUGAAGAUUCUGCUUAAUGUGAUCAAUAAGGAAUUACCCUCACCUGAGAAGACGAUAAAAAAGAAAAAAAAAUUAUAUCCAUAAGUUUAGUAUGAUAUCAAUCAGGAUGAUUAUGAAUAUCUUCGUGAUUAGAUUGAUUUUUAAGAUUUUUUUAUAAAAUGAUUCCAGUUUACAGAAAUUAGUGUUAUGUAAGAGGGGUUGAAUUUGUGAUAACAUUAGUGCAGACUUUUUGUAUAUUCAGAUAAUGUCUUGUCAGAUGGUCUCUUGUAGUACCAGGGUUUCAUUUCUAUGCAUCAGUUAUUAGCCAGAAAAAAAAAAAAAAAAUCUGCAUUUAAGGAAUUUCUUUACAUCAUAUAUUUUUUUUUCGACUAAAAAUUCUAAAUGUAGGGCAGUCCUUUGCCUCUCUUGUCUGGCACUUAAUUAAUGCUUAGGAAUCUGGCUCGGACUCUCAACCCUUGCUCUCAGGAAUUACAGUGUACACAAGUGCUUUUAGUUUUGCCUUGUUUUACAAAUCAUCAGCCAAUGCAUUUUUAUUUUAAUCAAUUUUAUUUAUACUUUUUUUUUUUUUUUUUUUUUUUUUUUCAAUUAAAUUUUGCUGGUGAUUUCAACUGUUAACUACGUUUGAAGUGGAUGAAAAGUAUUCCUUUCUGUUCUCAGUGUUUUAACAUUUUAAAAAAUAUAUCCCUUUUGUUAAAGGUCUUUUGAAGUUUCACCAUUUAAAAAAUGGUGUAUGUCAAGACUUCAAGUGAAUUUUAUGUGCAAUGUAAUUUAAAUUUGGUAUUAAGAUGUUCAGGAAAGAAAUUACUAUUGAAUUUUUUGGUGUGAUUCAGGAAGAUCACUGUAACACCACCAGACCAGGAUUUAGGAAGACUGUGAUAAUUCUGGAAAUGAUUGUGAGAAGGUACAGUGAGAUGGUUCUUCAAGCUGUCUGCUCAACGACUCAUGCACUGCGAGUAGAAGCUGUAUAAGGGUAAUCACUUCUUAAGGUGCUCACACUUUUAUAGAAUUGCAGCUCUUGAGUGGUCUCUUACCUAUACUAUGUCACAGGUUGGAACGAGAUGACAAGACUGCACACGGUCAACAGAGAAACUGUUUCCUCGAGUGCCGUGGGAAGCAUUACAUUUUUUUUUUUUUUUACUAUGUAUGUGUGAUCAUGAUGUUCUUCUCUAUAGUCCAGCUUGAUUAUACCAUUAUGAGGGAGGUAUUUAGACUUACAUGGUAAUGUGCAUACAAAAGAAUAACUGACAGAAAAGUGUCCUGUAUGUUGUAUGGUUUUCUAGUAGUUACAGUUCACUCAGCUUAGAAAAAUUGAUGACUGAGAGAAAGAAUCAGAGAGAAAAGAAAAAGGGGAUAGCUGAAUUUCCCUUUCCUAAUUUGUAUGAAAAAAGAGGAAAAGAAGAUUGGAUAGUAGUUUCCUCUUUUAUGAUGAAGAAAAAAAACUUGAAAUGAAAAGAAAGAAAAAAAAAAAAAAAAAAAAAACAGAAACAAGGAUGUGGAGUUUAGCCAUGAUAUACACUGACUACCUCACAUGAUUUUCAUUGCCGCAGCUGGUUCUAUCAUGCUGCUUGUCGUAUUUUCGUUUGUUGAUAUUUGUAGAGUGUACAACCUACAAGCUCAAGCAAGGUAUAUGAUCAGUCCAGAAGUUUUUUGAUAUGCUCCAUUACCCUUAUGGUGUCUUAACUAUUGUUUUGUAAUAUAUAAUUUUUUCAUAAGACUGAGUGAACAUUAUUCAUUAUUGUUAAUGUGAUUACAGUUAUGAUUUUCUUAAUUUAUAACUACUCUCUCUAUUUAUUUAUCCAUGCUAGCUUCUUUUUCCAUUGUUGUUAACAAUUUAGGAUCAUUUCUUGUAAACAAUCAUGCUAUAAGCAACCUCCUUUCACACUAGGGUAUAUUAGGGAAUUAAUGCUCAAAAAGAAUUUGUACUAUAUUCAUCCAUUUUUAUAUAUUUAUUAUUUAUCUUUUUUAAAAAAUAAAACAAAGAGUGAGGUUUGUCUUUAAAGAAGUAUUAUGUUACUCAUGGAAAUUAAAUGGCACUAUCUUGAUGCCAUUUGUAAUGUACUUUCUGUUGGCUACCACAUACUGUUGAAUUUGUUUAUUGUAACAAAAAGGUUAUGUUGAUAUGUUAUGUGGUAAAGUGCUCCUUUAUUUUUACUUAUUUGAUUUCCUUUUACACUUUUCAUUUACUGUUUACCAAAUGAAAAGGCCAUGAUAACAGUAUUCCACCUGUAAUAAGUAUGGAUAAGCAAAGCCGUGAUGUAACGUGUGAAUAAAGAGUGGAAACGUCUCAAGCCAAGUUAACGCUAAUUGUGGGUGCCAUCACUACUCAGACUACAGGAGCAUAUUGAUGGCCAGAAGCUUCAGACAAUGUGAUCCCAUUUGCUAUUAUUACAUGUAUAAUAUUAAUUUUAUCCAUGGAGAUGCUGCUCCCAUUAUUAUUAUUUUUUGUAUGGUUUUCCUUCAGAUUCUAUUCAAUUUUAUGAUUAUUGGACAACUUUGCUUAAAUCUUAGUCUGAUUUAUGCGAUUGGCAUUGUCAUAACUAACUUUCUCCCUCCCUUUGACAAUUUUUACCCUUUGGUUGAUGGUUUCACAUUACAACUGAAGCGUCCAGAAAGAUCUCCAAGUCACUCCCCAUCCUUGAGUGGCUGCAUGCAUGUGCUUCCUAAGGAUGGGGAUGCAACAAAUACGUGUAGAUAUUACUUGUACAGCAUUGUAGUAUGGGAGUGAGUGCAGUGUGAGGAUUGUUGCAUAAAUCAAGUUGUGAAAGACCUUGAAUGGCAAGGUGCAGCUCGAAUUUUGGUCGACUGUAUUUUUUUUUUCUUUUUUUAGUAGUGAGUUGUGAAUGUAACAGUUAUUGUGCCUGCCAUUCAAUCUUCCUGAUUAUGUAUAUUAAAUUAUGAUUUACUAGGAUAAGUUUUUUUUCUAUUAUUAUUAUUAUUUCCCCCCCCCCAAUCUGUAAGUGUAGUGAAAUUUUGUAAAUUGCAGUUGCAGACUAAUUCAAGAAUCAGUUUAAGGAGAACAUAUUUUUAAACAUCCAUUUUUACGCCUGUUUUAUUUUAAAAAAUGAAAAUGCAUGAUUAUUUAUAGGAGUCCUUAUGGAUGAUGUAUAGGUUGCAUCUUCAGCUAUGAAACAUUGGCAACUGAAAUGUGUAUAAGAGUAUGAGCAAUUUUUGUACGUUUUUACCGAGAUGUUGAGGUCAGAUGUUUUCUUAUGGGUCAGGUAUGAUCCAUCUCUUAAUGUUUUUUACCCGACAGUGCGGGUAUUUGUGUGUUUUGCAUGAAGACUGUUCCACUGUUUUCUCAUAACUGUGGCAAGAUCAGAUUUGGAUGGUGUAGAUGUUAGUAUAAAUGGUAUUGUUACUGUGUAUCACAGCACCUACCAUGAAGAUAAGCAGUAGGAUCAAGAGGACAUGCUCCAGUGCGAGUUGAUCCUUGUGAAGUAUUUCAGUAGGCGGUCUUGCCACAUUAUAACUGUAUUACUAGUAACAGUCUCCCAUCUUAGAGCUCCUACUAAUAAGGCACAGAACAGUGUGACGAAUUUAGGCUGAGUUCCUAGAAGACACCUCAUCAGUAGCGAGGAAGUGCUACCUCUCAUAUAACUAGCCAACACUUUGAACCAUCAUUCAACAACCACAAACAAACCUGCUUUAUUACUUUGCUCGAAGUGGCGUUUCAAGAAUUACUUCCUACGAUUUAGCUGCUAUACGGGACCGACACUCACUGUUAAUAUGUUGCAAUAUUACUGAAAGGCAAGAAUGUUCAUUGCCUUAAAAAAUGUCUCGCCGAGCAUUUGUCAACGGAACAUUGUCAUAACUGCCCACAUUUUGGUGUAUUCUUUUAAGCAUUAUGCCCUACGUGGUCAUACGUGAUAAUAAAAUAAUUUUUGUACUUG